ACGCGACAGAUUCUAGAGCGCCGCCACCGUGGUCGCCGCCGGCUCCGCUCGCGCAACAGCACACGAUGCUGCGCCGCGUCGCGCCGUCGCUCCGCCGAGCCCUCGCCGCCUCCGCCGUCCCGCGCGGCGGCUGCGGCGCGCGCCUUCCCGACCCGGGCCUCUCAUCUCCCCACGCCCUACCCCCGCAAUGGCGCCGCUGGGCUUCCGCCGCCGCCGCGUCCUCGCUCCCGCCGCCUCCGCCGUCCCCUCCCCAGGGCCCGCCGCGGCACGCGGGCGGGGGGUCCGCCGCGUCCUCGCUGAACCCCGCCGAGGUGGCCAAGUUCGCCGCCAUCGCCGAGACCUGGUGGGAUUCUCAAGGUCCAUUCAAACCAUUGCAUUUGAUGAAUCCGACAAGACUAUCUUUUAUUCGCUCCACACUCUGUAGACAUUUCAGGAGGGAUCCAUAUUCCGCUAAGCCACUUGAAGGUCUUAAAGUUAUUGAUGUUGGAUGUGGAGGUGGCAUUCUCUCAGAGCCUCUUGCUCGGAUGGGAGCGACAGUUACUGGUAUUGAUGCUGUUGACAAGAAUAUAAAGAUUGCGCACAUUCAUGCCGCAUCUGAUCCAACAACUGCUUCCAUUGAGUAUUGCUGCACAACCGCUGAGGAUUUGGUAAAAGAGAACAAGCAAUUUGAUGCUGUAAUUUCUCUUGAGGUGAUUGAGCACGUCGCCAAUCCUUUGGAGUUCUGCAAAUCUCUAUCAGCUUUGACAGCUCCUAAUGGUGCCACUGUGAUUUCUACAAUCAACCGGUCAAUGAGAGCAUAUGCGGCCGCCAUUGUUGGUGCUGAGUAUAUUCUCAGAUGGCUUCCUAUAGGCACACAUGAGUGGUCCAAACUAGUCACCCCCGAGGAGCUAGUCCUAGCACUGCAACGAGCCUCAAUCUCCGUGGAGGAAAUGGCAGGGUUCUUCUACAAUCCGUUGACUAGAGAGUGGUCCCUGUCUGAUGAUACUAGUAUAAACUACAUUGCUUACGGCAUCAAGAAAAGCGAAGCACCCUCAGCGACACCACAGUAGCAAGAUUAGCUAGUCGUGGUUGGAGAGGAUGGAUCGUUUGUGAAUUACUGGAACAAUUUUUGGGAAGCAAAACUUAUGCCACUUAAGAUCUUGGCAGUGAUCACAACCAAGUAGCGGCAAAGAAAGGUUGUACUCCUGGAGUAGUCUUGUUUUCUUUGAGAAGUUGAUGGGAGAGACCAGCUAACAAGUAGUGCUAGUUUAGUUUCCACUGUUUGUAAUAAAUGUAUGCUUCAUACAAGUUCAUCAAGUUUGGGGUAAUCCCCUGAUCUACAUCACAUAAACAGAAAUAUACUACCUCUGGGCAAGCAGGAAAUGUCAAGUCAAGUGAAGGCUAAUGUUUUUUGGUCAUGUUCA